GUGAAACCAUUGUCCAUCGUGAACGGCGAAGGCAGUGUAAUGUCCAGUUCCAGCACUAAAACAAACAAUUCGAUAAUACAGAACAUAAUCAGACGUUGGUAUACCCGUUCAGACCUAACCGCAAAUAAUAUUUCUUUUGGAAAUCAUCAAAUAUCGGCAGAUUUAGAAGGUGGCACCAGCGACAUUGGUACGAUACGCAAAGCAGUAUGGAACGUCAGUGACUCAAAACAUGUCGCGCUUUGCUCCGCGACGCGACGGAGCACGCUUAAACAGGUUUCCAUUUUAUGUUCCGCGAGUGACAUUCGGUUUCUUUGAAAGUGCGAGCGCUUUCGAUCACCAGCCAUCGUUCAAUUCCGACGGAGCAUCCGUAAAAUGUCAGAAAAUCGGGAACGCUAGGUGACAGGGUGCAAGUGGUCCGCGACGCAGUAGUGGGGGGAAAUGUGUGGUGGCAGCACUGUGCCGUGAAUAGGAAAAGGGAGGAGCGAGAGAGAGAAGGACCUGGAGUGACAAGGUUAGGGCGAUGAGAGCGAGAUCGUGUUAUAUUGCGAACCCCUCGGCGCGAGAGAGACCGAGAUUUCGUUCAACCGCACACGGUAGCGGUGUUUGGCCGUUCGAGAAAGACGGGAAACGCGAUGAAGAAGGAGAACGGAUAGCGAGAAGGAGGGCAGACUCGCGAGGGAGAAGCGACGAGUUUGUUUAUCGCCUUGGUGAACGGCGAGAGCAGUCAGUGCGGUGCUACACUUGGUCUGUAGUGGUUGGGACGAUCGGUGGUAGCUCGGCUCGUAACUUCGGUCUCUUUUGACAAUUUACUUCGGAAUAGUUGUGCGCGGGUGCCCCGUCGUGUGUUCUCCGUCGCGCACAUGUCAGCGUCGGUUUAACCUUUUGAAGACCUCGUGCCCGGGAAGAACAUGCCGCUAACCGCUGCCAAAACAUAGUCGUUCUGUGUGCAUCGUGUGCCAAAGUCUGUGACAACCGUGUCGUAGAUCGCUGGAAUUUCACCGACCAACUGGAAAUCCCCCCCAUCCCGGCCGUGAUACUUAACAGAUAAGGCGACCAGGGUGAUCGAAAUUUCGCAGUGCCGUUUCGAGCUUUCGCGUCUCAGCCUCGACUCGCGUUCCUCGAUCCUUGUUUUUCUCAUUUCUUUCUUCUUUUCGUUUCCCCGUCGAUCGUUCGGGUUGGUAUGUUCGCGGCGAUGGUAUACGGGAAUUAAAUGAAAAUUCGCGAAACGGGUCGGAUUUAACGGGCGAUUUGGUUUUCGUACGUCGGGAUCGCGUCGCGUCGGUAAAAUUUGAACCGCGAACGGUGAUCGGCAGAACAUCAGUGUACCCAGAAUAUAUAUUCUUCGUCACUUCCCGUCGACGAGAUGAUCGUCAAAGCGAGCUUGUUGUGUGUUCUGAUGGUGAUCGGUGCCCUCGUGAAAUCGGAACCUGUACCACGCCUGCGAUCCACGCCAAUCUACACCAAUCAAUUUGCGGUUCACGUGCCGGAUGGGCCGGAAGCUGCCGCCGAGAUUGCCACGAAAUAUGGAUUCGACAACUAUGGACAGAUUGGAGCACUGAAGGAGUACUUCCUGUUUGCUGACAAACGACUUCACAAGAGAUCCCUCUCCACCAGCGAAUCGCACCAUAAGACGCUAAGGGAUGAACCGCGGGUGCGAUGGUUCCAGCAGCAGCACGAGAAGAAGCGCAAGAAAAGGGACUUCGCACCCACGUCGUACGCGUUCGGCGAUUAUCCAUCGUUUUUCGACGAGUUUGGCCCACAACCCCGACAAGCCUCGUACCAUCGUCAAAGAAAUAGAGGAAUACCCUUCCAGAACCUGUUCACGGAUCCGCUCUUCAAGGAACAGUGGUACCUGAACGGAGGGGCGAAGGAUGGUUACGAUAUGAAUCUUGGCCCGGCGUGGCAGAAGGGUUACACCGGGAAGGGUGUUGUCGUGUCGAUCCUCGACGACGGCAUACAAACGAAUCAUCCGGACCUGGCGUUGAAUUACGAUCACCAGGCCAGCUGGGAUAUCAACGGCAACGACAACGACCCGAUGCCAAGGGACAACGGUGACAACAAGCAUGGAACCCGAUGCGCCGGCGAGGUAGCUGCAGUCGCUUUCAACCAAUACUGCGGCGUCGGCGUCGCCUACAACGCCAGCAUCGGCGGCGUGCGAAUGCUCGAUGGCCCGGUAAACGAUGCCGUCGAAGCCAGAGCACUGGGAUUGAAUCCUGAUCACAUCGAUAUAUAUAGCGCUUCAUGGGGCCCCGAGGACGAUGGUAAAACUGUCGACGGUCCUGGCGCUCUUGCCAGAAGGGCGUUUAUUUAUGGCGUCACAAGCGGUCGAAAGGGAAAGGGCUCGAUCUUCGUGUGGGCGUCGGGCAACGGGGGCCGUCAUACGGACUCCUGCAACUGCGACGGCUACACGAACAGCAUUUUCACCCUGUCCAUAUCGAGCGCCACGCAAGGCGGCUACAAGCCGUGGUACCUCGAGGAAUGCAGCUCCACCCUCGCCUCGACUUACUCCUCGGGGACGCCGGGCAACGACAAGAGCGUCGCGACGGUGGACAUGGACGCCAAGUUGCGACCUGAUCAUAUUUGCACGGUCGAACACACCGGAACCUCGGCGUCGGCGCCACUGGCGGCGGGGAUCGCCGCCCUGGCCCUCGAGGCGAACCCGAGCCUCACCUGGAGGGACAUGCAAUACCUGGUGGUCCUCACCUCGAGAUCCGGGCCCCUCGAGAAGGAGCCCGGAUGGAUACUGAACGGGGUGAAGAGGAAGGUAUCCCACAAAUUCGGUUACGGGCUGAUGGACGCCGGGGCCAUGGUCAGCCUCGCCGAGCAGUGGACCAACGUGCCGCCUCAACAUAUCUGCAAGUCCGACGAGAUCAACGAGGAGAGACGCAUCGAUCCGACCUACGGUUACACGCUCAGCGUCUACAUGGACGUCACCGGUUGCGCAGGGUCCUUCAACGAGGUUCGGUUCUUGGAACACGUGCAGUGCAAGGUUUCGUUAAGGUUCUUCCCGCGAGGAAAUUUGAGAUUACUGUUGACUUCGCCGAUGGGCACUACAUCGACUUUGCUGUUCGAGAGACCGCGGGACAUUCUCAGCUCAAACUUCGACGACUGGCCCUUCCUCAGCGUGCACUUCUGGGGCGAGAAAGCGGACGGUCGAUGGACGUUGCAGAUCAUUAACGCCGGAAAUCGUCACGUCAACUCGCCAGGGAUCCUAAAGAAGUGGCAGCUGAUCUUUUACGGAACCGCGACGAAUCCCAUCAGGAUACGAACACGUCAAUUUAACCCGGUACAAGCGCAUUCUUCGUACGCCUCCGUGCAAUACCCAUUCACAGUAGACGAUGAACUAAUAGCACUGGGCCAUCGCGGCGACGUCGACUUCUUUCCUUCGUCUACCUUUCAGGGCUACCAGGGCCCGUACGUUGGCGCUGGUUCCAACAUCCAGGCGUCCGUGGCCAGCCUGGACGGCUCGUCGGCCCCCAUCCUGACCAAUCGACUUCCCGGUGAUACGUCGUCGGCUUUCGAUUCCCCGUCGUCCUCGUCGCAAGUCGGCGACGACUCCCUCGACACCACUAGAAAAAUUCUACACGACUGUGAUCCACAGUGCGAUUCUCAGGGUUGCUACGGAAACGGACCCACGCAAUGCAUCGCAUGCAAAAACUAUCGACUCGACAAUACUUGCGUGAGUCGAUGCCCUCCGAGGAGCUUCCCGAAUCAAGGUGGAGUCUGCUGGCCCUGCCACGAGUCCUGCGAAAUUUGCGCAGGAGCUGGCCAGGACUCUUGUCUGUCCUGCGCGCCCGCUCAUCUUCGCGUCACCGAUUUAGCAGUAUGUCUGCAACAAUGUCCAGAAGGAUAUUACGAGAACUCGGAGAACAGCACGUGCGUGCCUUGCGAGGCGAAUUGCGCCGGUUGCCAAGACAGGCCGGACAAAUGCACCAGUUGCGAGCAUCAUCUGGUUAUGUUCAAGAACAAGUGUUACGCGGCCUGUCCCCUCGACACGUACGAGACGCAGGACUAUAGCUGCGCGACGUGUCAUUCUACGUGCGAGACUUGCAACGGCACCGCCGAGAACCAAUGCAUCACCUGUAAACCAGGAUUGUGCGCCCUGAACGGAACGUGUCUGGCGGCUUGUCCAGCCGGAUACAGCGCGGACAGAAGGCGACGAGAAUGCAUGCCGUGUCCCCCAGGAUGCGCGACUUGCACGACAUCGAUUUGCACGAGCUGCAUCGACGGUUGGAAUUUGAACGAAGAGGGAUUGUGUGCCCCGGAGCACCGCGAUCGGUGCGAAACCUCACAAUAUUACGAUAACGAACUGUGCAAACCGUGCCAUACGUCGUGCAGGACUUGCGCGGGUCCUACGGAGGACUAUUGCAUCUCCUGUCAAAAUUCCCUGCUGCUACAGGGGAAACGUUGCGUCUACCAAUGCGACGACGGUUAUUAUUCCACGGCGCAGCCGACGAGACCCGUUUGUGUGCCUUGUUUGCAUACUUGCAAGACUUGCGUGUCCCGAUUGAACUGCACCGCCUGCCAGGACGGAUUGCAGCUGCAAAGCGGAGAAUGCAGGUCGUCUUGCGCUCGAGGGUAUUACAGCGAUAGGGGUCAAUGUGCCAAAUGUUACUUGUCGUGUAACACGUGUUCCGGGCCUAGAAGGGAUCAGUGCGUAACGUGUCCUCGAGGUUGGCAACUGGCAGCGGGAGAGUGUCACCCGGAGUGUCCCGAGGGAUUCUUCAAGUCCAACUUCGGAUGCCAGAAGUGUCACCACUACUGUCGCACGUGCAAAGGCGAGGGGCCAUUGGAAUGCACUUCCUGUCCACCACACUCGAUGCUAGAGGGUGGAUUGUGUAUGGAGUGUCUGGGUGCACAGUAUUACGACUCUUUGACGCAACUUUGCAAGAAUUGCCACACCGAUUGUCGAAGGUGCACCGGGCCUGGUAAAUUCAGUUGCGCGGCCUGUACGCCGCCGUUGCACCUGGACAAACUCAACAACCAGUGCGUGCCUUGUUGCACGGGCACCGAGAAGGGUCCGCAAGCGGAAGAAUGCUGUCUGUGCGACCCGGAAAGUGGUGGCUGCAGGAACAGCUCACCGGCUGGUAAAAGAAGAGUACCUGGAACAGAGUUUGCCUCGGCCGACACUGCCAUUUCGGAAGUGUACGCGAAUUACGAGGGAGUGACUGACAAAAAUGAUUCAGCGUCGCUGGCCAUAACGGCGACUACAACCAUAGCCGUCGCCAUUUGUCUGGUGUCGGUAGCUCUGUUUGCAACAAUAUUCAUCGCGCUUCAGGCCAUGUCGAGAAGAAGGGAAGCGAACAAGGGUUACACGCAGUUGGCUAUGGGGGUGGAACCUCCGGACGACGUUGACGCGGACGACACAACGGAGCUGAUGACCUAGACCCAUUAAAUCGAGCCAACCAAUGACAGGACCUAUCGUCGAAAAGUUUGACGAAGGUCGACCCCGAGUCUCGAUCACGAUAGAUCAUGUGUUUGCGUGGUAUUAGAAACGUGUGACGGUUAGAGCCGAGAACAGCUGCGCUCCGUUCAGAUCCAGAGUGGUUCGAGAUCAAAGGAACAACAACACAAAAAAAAAAGAAAAAAAACAUACUCACACACGAUAAAAAGAAGACAAAAAGAAAAACGG